AUGAAAACCCGUACAACUUGAAUCAGGAAACGGGUCAUUUUUCUCGGGUGCGAUACUGCGAUUUCAUCUCUGACAAGUAAAGGGGUCUUGAAACAAUAGCGGGAGCGUUGAGAAGUGCGGUCUUUGGUGCUUCUCUCGGCCAUUAUUCUGCAGUCAUGAUCCAUUUUGUGCUUCUUAUAAGCCGGCAGGGAAAAGUGAGGCUGACAAAAUGGUAUUCUCCAUAUGCCCAGAAGGAGAGAACUAAGGUGAUUCGUGAGCUCAGUGGUAUGAUUCUCACCCGAGGCCCAAAGCUUUGCAAUUUUGUGGAAUGGAGAGGAUUCAAAGUUGUUUAUAAAAGAUAUGCUAGUCUUUAUUUCUGCAUGUGUAUUGAUCAAGAGGACAAUGAAUUGGAGAUAUUGGAAAUCAUUCACCACUAUGUUGAGAUAUUAGACAGAUACUUUGGCAGUGUUUGUGAGCUGGACCUAAUAUUUAAUUUUCACAAGGCAUAUUACAUACUGGAUGAACUUUUGAUUGCUGGUGAACUCCAAGAAUCAAGCAAGAAAACUGUUGCGCGUUUAAUUGCUGCACAGGAUUCUUUGGUGGAGGCUGCCAAAGAGCAGGCAAGUUCGCUAAGUAACAUGAUUGCACAAGCCACAAAAUGAGAAUGCAGUACAGAGACAUUUUCCUUUUAUGCAUUAUGUGAUCUUCAUGAGACAUUAUUUCUCCUCUGAUAUGUUUGUCUUGUUCUUAAAAGUACUAGUUCUCUUUAUUUUCGAGCAAUUUUUUAUCUUUUGUACUCUACUUGGUUGUAGCAAUAUACUUGAUUUUGCAUAUUACAGCAUAGUCUGUAGUCCUGUGCUACUUGCCCACUUGUGUACUUGGAAAUGUCCAAGAUGUCAAUGAGAAAAAAGUAAUGAAUACAGUGAAAAUAUGUUUGGUUUUUCUGAGUA